AUGAGCUACGACGUUCCCUACGAGGACCAGAACUCCCUGUGUGAGCAGGGUCACCAUGGCUAUGCUUCUCAUGAUGGAGACGAAGUUGGCAUGAGCAUGGACUUCCACAUGGCCAACAAUAACGAGGUUUCUGAUGCUCACAACGCAUUCGCCAAACAGGAGGACGAGCAAGCCUGCCGCAGUGAUGACACCGUCGCCCAGGACGAGCGCAUGGUCGAGAAUACAUCGACCAACGAUCAGCAGACUAAUUUCGCUAAUCAUCCGAACAAACACGUGGACCCCGCCGUGGAGGCAAAGCUUAUCGAUGACUUCCAUCGCCUCGCAGCGGAGAUUCUCGUCGCUUCAAAGGAGAAUAAGGGUCCGCCUGCCCAGGACAUCUACAACAGCCUCGAGCAGCACUUCGGCUACAUUGAGUGGCGGGCCGAUUUCAUUGUCGGAGAUGUUCGUCGCCGUCUGAUGGACACUGUGCUCGUCAUGUUUGACCCGGAUUCCCUUGAAUCUCAGCAGUACAUUGAUACCAAGAGCCAGGAGCGGGCGUUUAAGUUGUGGGAAUUUUGGGCCUUCACCAACUUGAGCCAGGUGGAUGAAAUCACUUUUGCUGCUAUGGACGACAGCGAUCGAAAGUAUUGCAUGGUUUUCAACAAGGAGUCCAUCAUCAUGCCUGGCUCAAUGCCAAUCUUCCACCCUCAAGCUUGCUACAAGGCCCCGGAAGCUGACAUGAGCAUGGGAGAUUAUGAUUCCAUGGCUAACCAUGAGACCGUGGUCUCUGAGGAUACUUCGCAGUAUCUUGGUCAAGCCGAAGAUGGUGUAUAUCACUCGCACUACUCACAGGGCCCGAUGGACGGACAAAAUUUCUACCACAUGUCGCUCCACGCUUACCCGGAGGUUCCCACCUGUGUUCAUGACCCCCUCAACACGGAGGAUCACAUGGAUGAUCACAUGGAGGAUCACAUGGAGGAUCACACCAACGUGCAAACAGCAAUCGAUCCAAUCGCUCCAGUUGCUAUGCAAGCUAAGCCGAGCAAACACAGAGCUGCCAAGCCCCGUCGGAAGACAGCCAAGGCUGCUGCCGUGAAGAGUGACUCGAACAGCAAUCCUCCCGACGGCCUCUACGUUCCCGACAAACAUCACGAAAUGUUCGGCGAGAACGGUCCUUUUCGAGGCAUCGCUUACGUUCUGAAAGCUGGCAAGAGAAGCUGGGUGGCCCAUCCCGAUUAUGUGUCAGUUAAGUCGAGAGUCUUUGGGGACAAUCACAUCCCCGUCGGCAAAUGGUGGCCGGCUCAGAUGGUCGCCUGUGUCAACGGCGCCCAUGGUAACUGGUUCGGCGGAAUUACUGGAGACAAGGACCAGGGUGCUCACUCAAUCGUCAAAUCCGGUGAGACUUACGACAGUCUCAAUGAGGACCAGGGCAACACCAUAUUCUACUCUGGAUCAGGCGCCCACAAGUGUACAGACAACAAGCCGAAGAACUCUGACGGCACUGAGAUGCUGUACAAGUCACUCAAGAGCAACCGGCCUGUCCGCCUGCUCCGUGCAGCUGCCAAGAAGGGCAAGAACGGUCUUUACAGCCCCAGCGUUGGCAUUCGGUAUGAUGGCCUGUACGAUGUGGUUCGUCGCACCAAGGCCUUCAACGACAAUGGCGGCGCCUACUAG